AUGAUCAAUGUAGAUCCAUUAUCAAACUGGACUCAACAGGAUGCCGAUUUCUGUGCUCGAAUGCUUGAACGAAUAAAUAGUUUUGCAAGUACAAUGGCCGAUAUGGUUAAAUAUUCGUUUAUUAUUGAACCGGGCACAGUUACACCGCAUUUGUCGGAAUAUGUCGCAGAAUUCCGACAACUAGAAACGUUCUUUGAGCGGAAUCCCCUAUCACCGGAAGAAGCGGAACAAAGCGCUUUCAAUCGAAAUUAUCUCAAAGCAAGGAAUAGAUGUUAG